UCCAGUAAAUACAUAUAAGUAAUGGCAGGGCUACUUAAAGAAAGAUACAGAAAAGAAGUGACAGUAUCGAGGCAGAUAUCCUGUUGCCAACAUGCAUUUCUCGUCCGCUCUAACCAUUUGUGCCUUCAUUUGCUUACUGGCCCAUGCAGUAAGUGGCAGGUAUUUUACUGAUGUCUUGGAAAGGAACAAAGAAAAGGAAUGUACCGUAUCCUACGAUUGCCCCAAUCCGCGUGAAGUAUGUGUUGGACAGCUUUGUAGGAAAAAUCUCCCUUGUAAUAAGGACAACGACUGCUUUUUCUACGCUGCUGCAGAUAUUGCCAAUGGGUCACCCCACCCGAAAUGCUAUAAAGUGUUAGAGGAAUAUAUAGUACCCAUUGGUUAUGGUAUUUGCGUGGUUUCUGAAAAAGUUGGACAAGUGGGAGCCGUUCAAAGACUGAGUGGAAGUGACACUGACCAUCUUGAUUUUCAUCACCCCCUACUGCCACAUAAGUAAAAAUAUUUCUCUCAACAGAGAAAUAUUUGAAAUAUGCGGAAG